GGUCUGAUCCACUCCUAAUCCCCAAUGGAGACAUUUGUUAUUUUCCUAGUAACCAUAAUUGCCACAAUGGCAUCGCCUCAAAAAUUAAUAAACGACCAAAACUGGUCCCAAUUCAAGCUAACCCACAAAAAAGAAUAUUCUACAAAAACAGAAGAAAUGAAACGCCUGGCAAUAUUUACGGAAAAUUUAUCCAAAAUUGACGCACACAACACAAAAUACCGAAACGGUGAAGUGACUUAUUUCAAAGCCAUGAACAAAUUUGGUGAUUUGACAACGGACGAGUUUUUGGCUUUCGUCAAUCGUAACAAACUGACAAAGCGCGAAAAAAACGAAAAACACACCAAACUAAACACAACAAAAAUCGAAUACGAAACUCAAGUCGAUUGGCGAGCAAACGGACUAGUUAGCGACGUGAAAAACGAACAAGACUGUAGCUCAUCGUGGAGUUUCAGUGCUCUUGGGGCCGUCGAAGGACAAUUGGCUCUUAAAACCAAUCAACUGACGUCCCUUAGCGCGCAAAACCUGAUCGAUUGUUCGGCCGAUUUCGGCUGUAAUGGGGGCCAUGCCACCAAUGCUUAUUCCUACAUCAGCCAAUUCGGAAUAAUGCCAGAAAAGGAUUAUCCAUACGAAGGCAAAGCGGGUGUUUGCAGAUUUGACGCCUCAAAGUCAAUCACCACCGUCACAGGAUUUUACGAUAUUGACCCCAACGACGAAACAGCCCUGCAGGGGGCCUUGGCCAUGAUGGGGCCCAUUGCCGCCACCAUUGAAGCCACCGAGGAACUCCAAUUCUACAAAGGGGGGAUUCUGUUGGACGAAAAGUGCAAUAGCAAAGUCCCCGACUUGAACCAUGGGGUUCUGGUGGUCGGUUAUGGGUCAGAAAAUGGGGGCGAUUUCUGGAUCGUGAAAAACUCCUGGGGCAGUGACUGGGGCGAGGGUGGUUAUUACAGGCCCGUGCGCAAUCACGGCAACAACUGUGGUAUUGCAAGCUCGGCAACACUUCCAAUUUUGUAAAAAAAUAAUAAAUUAUUAAAUAAC